AUGCGCAGCGCGCGCAUGCGCAUAAAUGCAGUGAGCUGGGCCCGAGGACGCCCCAGUCACCUGGACACACCACCCAACAUCUACGAGGGGGGCCUGGGGGCCCAGCAGCAGCAGUGCCCCAGUGCCCAGGGAAAUAAGCCCAAGAACUUCCGGCUGCGCCACCUCCGGACCCUGGCUCUCUACCUGCCAGGCCACAUGCAGCCUGCUGGCCAGUGUGAGAGCCACUGGCUGGGCCGGCUCAUGGCUGGGGGCUACCUACCACAGCCUGAGGGCUCCACCUGGCCCCUGGACCUGCCACAGGGGACUCUGGGCCCAGGUAACAACCACUGCUCAACCCUUCUGGAAGCCCAACUACCCAGGGACAGCCUGGGAGAUACAGCUUCCAGUUCCAGCAUGGACCCAGCCAAGGGUGUCCCUGCCCAGCCAGGUCCCCCUGAGGGCUUGGGGCUCAGGCCCAAGAGGUCCUGGGGGGCCUUGGAGGAGGCCAUGUGUCCCUUGUGCAAGAGAACCCGCUCUGGGGCCUUGGAGAGGCCAUAG